AGUCUUCUCAGAACCAGCCUGUUAGCCAUCUGGUUGUAUAUUGAGCUGAGAAACUAUUUGUAUGGCUCUUUGGACAUCCUUCCAGCUUGCUGUCGGUUCUUAUUCCCCUAUUCUUCUCAACCCACUCAUUGGCUACAGCAAUGAAGUUCUCAACUGCGGUUAUAUUCACUUCCACUACGACAAUGGCUCUCGCUGCCUCUGUUCGUAUCAGGAUGCCGGAGGGUCCAGUAAAGCCCGACUCGUACAUCGUUAUGCUGAAAUCCGCUACAAAUAUGGAGGACCAUAUCGAGAGUAUUACUCGGAUAUCCGCCCGGAGCCCUGGGUCAGAAUUUUCAAUUACUCACCGGUAUGAGAUGCUGAAUGGCUACUCUGCACACGCAACUGGAACAUCCCUUGUUCGCAUCCUCACUUGCCCCGAAGUUAACUAUGUCGAAGCUGAUGGCACAACUUCCAUUGACUAUGACCUCCAUGAGAGGGAUGCAACAGAGCGUGACAAUGAUGGGAUUGAAAUGGAGCAUGAUCCGGUUGAACUCAAAGCACGCGCCGAUGGGCGUAGAGUGACUAUUUAUUCACUGGAAACUGGAGCUUUGCUAGAGCACGCAUGCUUUGAUGAAGAACUGCAUGGGUGGGGUCAUACCGUAACUGGUACUGACCGGGUGGACACUUCAGGCCAUGGCACAUAUGUCGCGGCGAAGGCAGUGGGACAGGGUUUUAGCUUGGCGACUUUCGCCUACCUUAAAGUUGUGAAGAUCGCUGAGAGCACUACUGUACUUUCCUCCAACCUAAUCGCCGGCAUUGAGUGGGUUUACGCCGAUAGUACUAAGCCCCCUCCGGAACAGAGGGGUUCUACCAUCAUUCUGAUAACCUGCUCACUUCGUGACCGUGUUGCCAUUAAUGAAGCCGUCCACAAAGUCAUCAAUUCUGGGUUGCACGUUGUAGCUUCUGCAGGGAAUGACUACCGGGAUGCGGGAGAGUUCGGUCCUGCGUCUGCGGAUGGAGUUAUCACCGUUGGGGCUGUCUACUGCACAGCAACAAACCAGUACGUAAUCACCCACUCCAACUAUGGAAAGGUCAUCAGUGUUUUCGCCCUGGGUCUGAACAUUGAAAGUGCUUGGAAUGGCCCAGGCUUGGAGGCAACAAGGACAAGGAGUGGCACUGCGCCAGCAGCUGCAUCCGUUGCAUCCAUGUUAGCCUGCGCUUUAUAUCAAUAUGGUUGGAUGUCUCCUGCCGAGGGAAAGGAGGGAACACGGUGGCAUGCUGAAGCAGUAGUUGUGGGCCAGCCACCGAGCUUCAUAGAGACCACAAGGUUGUUGGCAAAAUUUUGGUAGUGAUUUGAGGAGACAUACAUGCUACACGUCCUACCUUCACAGUCUUUUUCUCAGCCCAUUUCUAGUACUCAUAUGAGAAAUUGUCGAUGUCCCGAAUGCAUGGAUGAAAUGAAAGAUAUGUUGGAUAAUG